UCGACGUGUCUAUAUGAGACUUUGAACGUAGCGUGCGCGUGCAUUGAAGGACAAAGGUUGAACUAGAUACUGGUGUGGACAACAGCAGUGACCUCGGGUGUUCUAAAAGCACUUGUCAAGAUUUAGUGGCUCUUCACACUACUAAGAGAGCUAUCGAGAGUUGCGUAGUAAGUCUUAGGCCUACACAACUGGACUGAAUUCCCGUUUUUUCUACGUAGAAGAAAAAGGACACGGGAUGCCCGUGAUAAGCCCGGGGAAAUACGAGCCACCGGCCCCGUCCCUGUGUGCGGGCUGCGGCGGGAAGAUCGCGGACCGUUACUACCUCUUGGCCGUAGACCGACAGUGGCACGUCCACUGCCUCAAGUGUUGUGAAUGUAAACUUACCCUGGACUCCGAACUAACGUGUUUCUCCCGGGAUGGAAACAUCUAUUGUAAAGACGACUAUUACAGGUUGUUUGCAGUUAAACGAUGUGCCCGUUGUCAACAGGGUAUCUUUGCCAAUGAACUAGUUAUGCGAGCUCGAGACCUAGUGUACCAUGUGCAUUGUUUUACGUGCGCGUGGUGUAACACGGUUCUUACCCAAGGGGAGUACUUUGGGCUAAAAGACAACUUGGUCUACUGCCGUACACAUUACGAACUUAUAGUACAGGGCGAACCCUACCUGCCACCGGACGGGGGACCAAACGGUACGGUCGGAGACCGGUCUGGCGAGCACGUGCAACACCAUUAUUCAAGCUACCCACCCGUUGGGACCGCAAGAAAAGGCAGGCCACGGAAACGGAAGGCAGCAGAUGUAGGGAUAGACUCCAUGAUGGGACAAAACAUGGGUGUUCCUCUGAUUGACCCAACAGGCUGCAAUUUAAACAUUCCAACCCUUGAGACUGGUGCACCCAAUCAAAAUAUGCCGUCGCUACCGAACGGCCAGCCCCAACGAACGAAGCGCAUGCGCACGUCGUUCAAGCACCAUCAGCUACGAACGAUGAAAUCGUAUUUCGCAAUCAACCAGAAUCCCGAUGCCAAAGACCUGAAACAACUGGCCCAAAAGACGGGCCUUUCCAAGAGAGUACUCCAGGUUUGGUUCCAGAAUGCCAGGGCAAAAUGGCGUAGGAGUAACUUAAAACAGCACUCGCCGCAACCCCAGCAGCAUUCGCCGCAGCACCGGCAUAGCAUCAGUGUUAGUAGUCCAGGAGCGACCAGUUCCUUCUCAGAACCUAGCCCUCCAGCCUCGUGUUCGAUGGGGGUCGAGUCCUCCCUGAUUGGCGUUCCUUCUCACAUUCCAGUGUCUUUGUCAGGCAUCGAAUACUCUCCAAACUCUUCCCUCACGCCGAUUGUAUCCCAUCAUGCUGUACCUUCGGGUUCUUCCAGUGAUUCGUUUCCUCUGAGUUCGUUCCAGGAGCUGUUCUAAGUGUUCCAUCCCAUAAUGAUAAAUAGUACGUGGAGACUAAUAAAACGAGACGUUGGUUUGUUUUUUUUUUUGUUUUUUUUUAAUC